UGAAGCUGUUGCGAGACUCCAUCUUAACAACAGAUGGGCAUUUGACGAUGAAUCCACAGAUGACGCAACGUGAGCGCCCUCUACUGCGAGCUUCAGAAUUGCCUCAAAUUCUUCAUCAACGAUGAGAUGUAUGCCCAUUAUGACGUUGCCGACAACGAGGUUCAAAGACAAAGAAGCAUCGCAAGAUUAAUUAAUUUGAUACAAUUAUCCAAAACUUCUGUACAUCAAGUCAUCAAGAUGGCAGUCCCUUCUCUAGACUUUAACAAAUUCAUCGUCGGCACCCCGGAGGAGCGUAAGCAGUUUGCGCACGACCUGCUCAGCAGCUUCGAGAGGACUGGGUUCGCCAAGUUGACCAACCAUACAUUUAGCACUGCUCAGCUCCAGGAGCUAUUCAACUGGGGACAAUCGUUUUUCAACCAGUCCUUGGAUGCCAAGAAUGAGAUUCCCAAUGAGCCCGGGCCCAGACCUAUGCGUGGCUACACACCUUGGCGAGUAGAGGAAGUCGGCAAGCUGCAUUACGAUGAGAAAGUUCGUAUCCUGACCGACUCAAAGGAGCAUUUCGAUCAGGGUCCUACCGACGACUUGGAGUUCCCAAACAAAUGGCCCACAGACUCCAGCAUGUCCGGGUUCCGGCCAUUCAUGGAAGCCUUCUAUCAGCAGUGCAACGAUGUCUGUCUUACAUUGAUGCAUGCUCUUGAAGUCGCCUGGGAGAUCGAUGAUGGAUCUCUCGUCGCCCGAUGCAUCCCCAGUGCUACUGACAUGCGACUUACUCACUAUCCUGAGAUCACCGUUGAUGAGCUGCAGUCGGGGCGCACCACCCGUAUUGCACCACACACAGAUUUUGGCCCCAUCACCUUGCUGUUCCAAGACAGCACCGGUGGCCUUGAGAUCGAAGAUAGGACCAUCACUAAGGGCAACCCCUUUGUUCCCCUGCCGCCGACUGAUACUACCGAGAUGAUUCUCAACGUGGGCGACACCUUGACACGAUGGACCAACGGAAGAAUCACCGGCGGUAUGCAUCAAGUCGCCGUCCCCGAAGCCAUGAAAGGGGAGAGUGGGUUGGUUAUCCCUUCUCGAAUGUCUAUGGCAUACCUCUUCAAGGCUGGGCGUGACACAUCGGUUGGACCUCUGCCCAAAUUCGUCUCCACUAAAGAACCUGCAAUCUACCCUGACAUCACCGCUCUUGAGUUUCAGCGCUGGAGAAAUAGCAUUGUCUACAACCUUGAUAAGGAAGAGGACGAUGCGAAGUAUAAUUCGCAUGCUAUCAAGCCUACGGAGGGCCUCCAGCAGAUCCAGCCUGCCCAUGCCUAACUUUAGGUCUCAUGUAUAGGGAGAAGUUGAAGAAUUUCGGAAUACUUUCCAGUAAUUCAUCGCUGUAUUCGCUGUUAUUGUCGAAAGGAAAGUGAGGCGUCUAGCGCUGUACUUGCCACACUCUCUUCUUAAGUAGGUUGGCAACUUCUGCUUGCUGUUCUUUUUGUAUACUAAGCAAAAGGGGGGGGAUGCAAUUUAAUAUUCAUGGGGUUUUCGUUCAUUUCACAGAAUAUAAUAAAAUAUUGUCC